CGGUUAAGAUUUUCUUGAAAUUACUUCUCUCAGCUGACUCUGAGAUUCGUUCCGUCCUCUUUUUAAUUUUUUUUUUAAAAUUUGAAUCUCUUAUUUUUAUUUUCCAGUUUAAUCAGCUUUAAAGCUUCGUUCACAGAUUUUCAGGUCACUUAAGAGUACAUAAGCAGCAACAAGAUGAAGGCACACAUGCAUACAAAAGCAAAAGGACCCUCCAAGGUAAAUUCGCAACAGGUAGUUUUUGAGCUAAAGAAUAAGGUGAAUCUUGCGCUGAACAAGUUAGCGGACAGAGAUACCUAUCAAAUAGGAGUUGAUGAGCUUGAGAAUAUAGCAGAAUGUUUAACCCCAGAUAAGAUUUCCCCAUUUUUAUCAUGUAUAUUGGACACUGAUUCGGAGCAGAAGAGUGCGGUUCGAAAGGAAUCCAUCAGGUUGAUGGCUACAUUAGCUAGAUUUCAUCAGGGUCUUAUCGGUCCAUAUCUAAGUAAGAUGGUUGCUAGCAUCAUUAAGAGGCUCAAGGACCCAGACUCGGUUGUGAGGGAUGCUUGCCAAGAAACAAUGGGUGUUUUGGCUUCAAAAUUUAGUAAUCAGGAAGAUGAGAACAAUGGAGUUUUUGUUGUGUUGGUGAAGCCACUUUUCGAAGCAUUAGGAGAACAAAAUAAGCUGGUGCAAUCGGGUGCAGCUUUGUGCUUGGCAAGGGUCAUUGACAAUACCCAUGAUCCUCCAACUUCAAUUUUGCAGCGGAUGUUGACUCGGACUACAAAGUUUCUCAAGAAUCCACACUUAAUGGCAAAAUCAUCGGUAAUUGAGUUAAACAAAAGCAUUAUUCAGGCAGGGGGUGCUUCAACACAAAGUCUUCUGGCUGCAGCAAUGGCUAGCUUCCAAGAAGCUCUCAAGAACAGUGACUGGACAACACGUAAAGCUGCUUCUAUGGCAUUAGGGGAGAUUGCUUCAAGUGGUGCAUCUUUUUUGGGAUCUUUCAGGGCAUCCUCCAUCCAUUCCCUCGAGUCAUGUCGUUUUGACAAGGUCAAACCAGUUAGGGACACAGUACUGCAUGCCCUUCAGUACUGGAGAAGCGUUCCCGGGCUUGAUACUUCUGAACCUUCUGAGGCUGGAUCUUGUAUAAAAGAAAACUUUUGCGGAGGUGACUAUAGUGAUAUCCCCUGUAACAAUGACUCUGGUUGGAAGGAUGCCACUGUGAAGAAAGUUGCUAAAAACUCAGCAAUAAGAAGGAUACCUUUGUCUGUUAGAAAGACAUCUCAGAAAUAUGUUCAAAACCCUCAACAUUGCAAAGAAGAUGAUUGGCAUAUUGAAAUUGCUGUGUCAGAGAACCAUAAUGUUUCUUUACUAGACCUUCAGAAUGAAGAAUCCGAAGGCAGUACUGUCACCAAGACAUUGGAUAGAAUGACGACUGGCACUACAAGUACACAAGACAUAGGAUAUGAGUUUGUUCCAAUGGAUGACAAACAAGAAUGUUCAUCGGUGUCUAACCUUCUUAGUGACAACUUUGGGCCCAAGUUUCCCUCUGUUUCUCAUGACCAUAUUGCUGAGGGAAGUUGGCUGAAGUCCCUGGAACAAAACCAGCAGUUUGCAGGAGAAGAGAUUAGUAACGAGGAGGAAGAUGUGUGCUCUGGAAAAAUUAGGGACCGUAGAAGUCUUGAUUCGGCAGUCACUGAAACAAGUCCAGAAACCGUCUCGAUCUGUUGUUCACAGAUCGAGUCUAAAAUUGUUGGCAUUCAGAAACAACUUUUAGAGAUUGAGAGCAAGCAGUCCAACUUGAUGGAUCUUCUCCAGGUAUUUUCAACUGGUAUAAUGGAUAGCCUGUCCAUGCUACAGUCAAAGGUCUUAGGUUUAGAAAAUGUAGUAGAUAGAAUGGCGCAAGACUUCAUGCAGGGAGGGAAGCAUCAUGAUUUGGUAAGCUCCAGAGUUAUGAAGCAGGGCGAAGUUGUUUUAUCUCCCAGGCUGUCGUCUUGCACUCCGAGGCCUUCUGUAGAUAUACGUAACAGACGGCCUUCUUUGUUGUCUGUUAAGAAUUCUGAUGUAUGGGAGGAAAAAGCACUUGGUAGAAAUAGGUCAGCCAAUUGUGCGAAGCAGGGUAUAGAGAUGUGGACUAAUCAUACAGUAAAAAUUUGUAGAAAUCCUACUGGGAAGGAUGUGCACAAAAGCUCUGGGCAGGGGGCACAAGGCAUUGGGCAGAUCAGAAAAAAUGAAGCUGCCUCUACCUCUGCUUCUGUUCCAAAUGUGAGUGGCAGACAGAAGUAUCCUGACAGUAAAAAUGGUCUGUGGCAACAUGUGAAAAGUCUUUUAUGCCAAGGGGAUCUAGACUCUGCGUAUGCAGAAGCUCUCUCUGCUGGUAACGAGCUUGUCCUCAUUGAGCUUCUUGAUAGAACUGGUCCCGUUCUAGAAAGUUUAUCCCACAAGACUGUAUGUGAUAUUCUCAGUACUUUGGCAUCAUACCUCCUCGAACAGAGAUUUAUGAAUUGUAUUAUUCCAUGGCUGCAGCAGGUGGUUGACUUGAGCGCUAUCCAUGGACCAAAUCACCUUAUUCUCUCUGCAAAAGCAAGAAGGGAGCUGUUAUCUGCAAUUCAGGAGGCAAUGAACAUGGACUUUUCGAACCCUGCUGAAAGAAGAUCAAUCACUCAACUGGCAAUGAGGUUCCGCCAAGUAUGGGGUAAGGAAAUAUGCUUGCCUUUGAUUUCAUUUGUCACCUCUGGCUAGUUAUAAUCCUUAGUUUGCUGAACCUACUCCAACCAACCCUCCCACCCAAAAAAGAACAGAGAAAAAAGU